AUCAAUUCUGCGCAUACUCUGGUAGGAAAUUAUUGUACCAGGCGGAGUAUUGUAAAGAGUCCUGUUCAACAAUGGAGGAGACUAACUUUACGGCGUCCUGAUUGAAGUACGAAUAACUUUAAAAUCAUCCAAUAAAGACUGAUCCACGCAUAUUUCUGUUACGUUGCAUGUUGAGUGUGUUGGGGCAAGGCCAACACUCUCCAAUGGAGCUGGAGGUGCAGUGGUGGAAAGGCCAACUUGCCGGGGACAUAUACCAAGCUCUUCGGUACAAAGAGCUCAAGUUGCCUACCUACAAAGGGCAGUCACCUCAACUCAGCCUGAGGAGGUACUUUGCGGAUCUAAUUGCCAUUGUGAGUAAUCGCUUCAGGCUUUGCCCCACGGCAAGGCACCUGGCUGUCUACCUGCUGGACCUGGUCAUGGAUCGCUAUGACAUCUCUGUGCAGCAGCUGCACAUGGUGGCCCUCUCCUGUCUGCUUCUGGCCAGUAAGUUUGAAGAGAGGGAAGAUCGUGUCCCUAAGCUGGACAUGCUGAACAGUCUGGACUGCAUGAGCUCCAUGAAUCUUGUGCUGACCAAACAGAGUCUGCUUCACAUGGAGCUCCUGCUGCUGGAGACCUUUCAGUGGAACCUGUACCUGCCCACGGCCGCCCACUUCAUCGAGUACUACCUGUCCAUCACCGUGCAGGAGUCUGACCUGCACGGCGGCUGGCCCGUGGCCAGCCUGGAGAAGACGGGCCUGUACGUGGCCAAGUACGCCGAUUACUUCCUGGAGGUGUCACUCCAAGACCAGGUGUUCCUGAACUACGCGCCCUCGCUGGUGGCCGCGGCGUGCGUGGCGUCCUCCCGGAUCAUCCUGCGCCUGUCCCCGUCCUGGCCUUCCCGUCUGCAGCGCCUCACCGUGUACUCCUGGGACCACCUGUCCGCCUGCACCGAGCACCUCCUCAUUGCGCAUGACAAUGAUGCGAAAGAGGCCAGCAGGCAGAAGCAUCAGCAGCCGAGCCCCCAGCCCGGCCAGACGCUGUUCUCCGUGCAGGGACCGGUGUCCACCUUGCCCCACUACCUGUCCCGGCCCGCCCAGCACUUCCCCCCGCAGACCUGCCAGCCCGUCCCCGUCUCCACCCACAGCUCCGCUCCCUUCCUGCCGCUCCCCAACGCACAGCAGUCAGGCGCCCAAUCACACGGCCACGUCCAGCCCGUCGGCCACGCCCAUCCCGCCCCUCUGGAUGCCAAAGCCAGCGUCCCUUUUAGCCGGGGCUACCAAGUCAACACACACUACACCUGUGCGGCCCCCUGCUUUGAUAGAUGAUCAUUGGGAACCGGUCACAAACGGAGCUUAGGGUGGGGUGAGUGGGAGAAUAUGAGGCGGAGAAGUAGCUUUAUUUUUCUUCAGGCAUUUUUUUUUUCUUGGCAGUGGGCCAGGUUAACUGAGCCAUAGAGCAGUAUUAAUCUUCAAACUGUUUUUAAUUUAAAAAGUACAGGAGAGAAUGUGAAAAAAAUCCCUUCAGCACUGUAUUGUAAAAUAUGGUUUAAGUUUACAUGUUUUGUGCAAUAUAAUUACUUUUUUGCUUUCUUGUAGAACCUCUUUUUAUUCUUUUUUUUUUUUUUUUUUCCUUGAACACAUUUCAAAGCAGGCAUACUCGUCUAAUAACAGAUGAAGAUGGGGUGUCGUAACUAUCAUUUAAGAAGGCGUCUAUGUCCAGCCCAGUAUGUCUUAAAGCACAGCUACCUCUGAAAUGUUGAAUGUAUAUUUUUGAAAUACUUAAAUUAUUAUUUUCAUACUUUAUAUUGGACUGUCUGUUUAUUUUCUUCAUUAACCUGUGUUGAGUACUUAUGGGUGGCCAGUUUCAGUCUAUGUCUGAAGGAUGUUUUCUGAUGGAUCUGUGAUAUAAUGGCUGAACAGGAAAUGCACACUAGCUUUCCAUGGUAUGCUACCUCAUUAAAUUCUCAAUGUAGCUCCUAGCUCCUUCUGGGUUUUUUGACAGUAUUGUUUUCAUCUCUGUAAAUAUUUUUUGUAUGACUGUUCUGCAAUGCUGUAAUUGUUGUAUAAAUGUUCCAUAUUUACAUCUGCAUGUGAAUUUACAAUGAGUGCCGUGCACUUUAAAAAAUCAAUAAUAAAAAAAAACAA